AUGGUCGAGACCAAGAAAGAAUUCGCUGAACGCGAGGAGCGCCGUCGCGCGAUCGCAGCCCUGAAGCGGGAGUCCGCGAUUGAGGGUAUAAAGGCGGUGCAUGCCAUGAUACCACGCGCGAAUUCCGAGCCGGACUUCGUACCCGAAUUUAUUUUAAAUGUUGACGGGUUAGAUGCGGGGUGGUCUCAGUAUGAAGCGGAAGAUAACACGGUAUUAGAAUGCCUUGUUAACUUAGGUAAGGCCAGUGAAUAUACUCCCGGACAAUCGGGUGAAUUACGAAUUUUGAUUAAUUCCGCGAAGGCUGCCGCGAAUUUACUUCGUCCGACUCGCACAGCGCCCACCGCGGGCCAAAACGUCGGUAACUCAUCGUCCGUGUUCGACGCGUCGUCCGGUCCAACGUUACCGCGACUUCCGGAAAUCCCCCUACCGAGAUUUGGAGGCGAUUUUCGCUUGUGGCCGACUUUUCGUGAUACAUUCACUAAGCAAGUCGAUAGCCGCCAAUACCUGUCGAACGUAGAUAAGUUAUAUUAUUUGACUGGGUGUUUGCAUGGUGCAGCCUUGGAUGCGAUUCGCAGUAUACCCGCGUCCGAUGAUAACUAUCAGUUGAUAUGGUCAACUUUGUCCGCGCGUUUCUACCGCCCGCGUAUGGUCGCGACUUCGCUAUUAGAAAAAGUGUUAAACGCGCCGUCGUCGUCGCAGGAGUCAUUGCACGACUUAACCGUUUUUUUAUCUACAUUUGACGAAAACAUUUCGUUAUUAUCCGCGAUGGACAUUCCCGACCUCGGGUCGUUCAUUCUGUUUACGUCGGCUUUCCGUGCGUUACCGCUCGCCACUCGCAAAUUAUUCGAAUCCACCAUGACAAGUAACGACGUUUAUCCAUCAGUCGAUAAACUGCUGAAAUUCGUGCGGGAUCGUAUUACCGUCUUAGAAAAUGUGGGCGAGCCGCGGAAGACUAGUGCCAAGCCGAAGCCACAGCCUGUUACCGGGCCGUACGUUAGUCACCGCGCGGGGAAAAGUAAUCCCGUGGCGCUCGUCGCCGCGAAACCAACGGAGCGUCAUUCGCAGACUACUACCAGCUCAUGUUCAUGCUGUCAGGGUUCGCACAGCAUCAGCGCGUGUCCGAAGUUCCGAUCAUGGUCAUUGGACGAUCGGAAUCGAUGGGCCCAUGAAAAUAAAGUUUGUUUUAAUUGCCUCAGCGGUAAUCAUUUUAUCCGCGCCUGUUCGUCCAAGUCGCGAUGUCACCAGUGUUCGAAAAAACAUCACACGUUGUUACAUGGUGUUACUCCCAACCGUCAAGAGGAAGGCGGUGAAAGUGGGGGGGAAACACCGUCGUGUUGCGCGGCCGCGUUGGCACCGCGCCCGAGUGCGAUACCAACGGUUUUGUUAGGCACUGCGUUGAUUCACGCUCGCGACAGGGCCGGUACGUGGCAAACAGUUCGCGCGUUGGUCGACUCCGCGUCCCAGAUAAGUGCCAUGACAGUCGAGUGUUCCACCCGCUUAGGAUUCCGGCCCCGUCCGUGGACCAUGCCAGUCAGUGGCAUAUCCGGUACACCUGUCGUCAGCGUGAAGGGCAUCGUCGAAUGUCACAUCCGGCCGCGUUUUGCGUCCGAACCAUCGCUGACUGUGCAAGCGUGGGUGCUGCCUUCAAUCACUAGCGACAUGCCGCGCACCUCAAUCCCCGUCGACAUUAAGGACCGAUUUUCCACCCUCGCGCUCGCCGAUCCGCAGUUCAACGUCGCGUCACCGGUCGACAUGUUACUCGGGGCCGACGUGUUUUCAGCGAUAUUGGAUGGUCGUCAAAUUAAAAUCGACGAGGCACUGCCCACGGCAUUCAGUUCGAUUUUCGGUUGGGUCCUCAUUGGACCACUUCCAGCGACCGCCACUUGUCAUGUCCUCACCACACCGGUGUCAUUAGCGACAUCCAUCGAGACUCUAAUGGACAAGUUUUGGUCAGUCGAAGAACCGGACGCUGCACCUCCUUCCUUCACCGACGACGGUUGGUGUGAGAGUCACUUCCGCGCCGAACACACACGUUUACCGUCUGGGCGAUUUCAAGUGCCGCUGCCGACGCGUAAGCCGGUAUCCGAGUUGUCAUUCCCGGGUUCGCGUUCCGUCGCGCUAAAACGUUUUGAGUCGCUCGAACGUAAGUUGAUGUCUAACCCGACUCUGCGCGUGGCAUAUUGUGCCUUUAUGUCUGAAUACUUGUCGCUCGGCCAUAUGUCCGUGGCAGCGACACCGGGGCGAUAUGUCAUCCCCCACCAUGCCGUAUGUAACCAGUCCAACGGAGACUUAAAAAUCCGCGUUGUGUUCGACGCUUCGGCAGUGUCCCAUGACGGGACGUCACUAAACGGCUGUCUAAUGCAAGGUCCGAAGUUACAGCAAGACAUCGUCGACAUUCUAACCAGGUUCCGGGUGAACAAGUACGCGUUCACCACUGACAUCUGCAAAAUGUACCGGCAGGUGAUGGUGGCGCCCGAGUACCGGCCGCUGCAACACAUCCUAUGGCGUGCGUCACCUCACGACCAGCUUGUCGAAUACGAAUUAAACACCGUGACGUAUGGCCUGAACUGCGCUCCGUUCUUGGCACUCCGCGUGCUGGCUGCGAUCGCCGAGGUGGAUUGCGUCGGUCAUGAGGGAGUACGGCAGGCGUUGCUGCACCAAACCUAUGUCGACGACAUAUGUACGGGGGGCGACACAAUCGACGAUGUUUGUACGCUCCAAAGGGAGAUGAUCGCGGUGCUCGGCAACUCCGGUCUGGAGUUGAAGAAGUGGUCGAGUAACUGUCCCGCGAUCCUCGACAGUGUACCCGCGUCCGACUGUGUGACCGGUCCUUUAUCGUUUGAUGCUGUGGAUGGGAUCGGGGUCAAGGUUCUCGGCUUGCAAUGGCAGCCGACAGAUGACGUUUUUAGGUGUGCCCUCCGGUGCGAUGCGCCACCCGUAUUCACAAAACGCGGCGUCUUAUCAUUAAUCGCGCGUAUUUUCGAUCCGUUGGGCAUAUUCGCGCCGGCCACUUUCUACGCGAAGCACAUAAUGCAACGGACGUGGUCAUGCAACCUUGGCUGGGAUGACCCUCUUCCGAAGGAUCUCCAUCAAGAAUGGUCCACUUUCGUUGAAUCAUUGGCCUGCCUCCUUCAGAUUAACAUUCCGCGACACUUCAACACGCAGUCCGCCGACCGUUGUUUAUUGUUGGGAUUUUGUGAUGCGUCACAGCAUGGUUGCGCAGCUGUCGUAUACCUCCGCGUGUUGGACGACCGGGAGGACGUUUCGAUUUCGUUGGUCGGCGCAAAAACCAAGCUAGCGCCGAUAAAAUCAUUGACCAUCUCGCGGCUCGAGUUGAACGCCGCUGAGUUGUUGGCGCGUUGGUUAUACCGCGUCAAGUGUAUUCUCGACCGUCAGGUCAACAUCGUCGGUGUACAUGCUUGGACGGACUCAACGAUUGUCCUGUCCUGGUUGGUCAAUCGCCACGAAUCGUUUAAAAUAUACGUGUCAAAUCGGGUACACAGAAUUAACACGCUACUACCGAGUUGCGUAUGGGCACACAUUCCGUCCACGGACAACCCCGCCGAUUGUGCUUCGCGCGGUGUGUUACCGUCCGAGCUUCCAGCGUUAAAGCUUUAUUGGCAGGGCCCUGAGUUUCUACGUCGUUGUCCGUCAUCGUGGCCGGUCGGGGCCACCAUGCUGCCGCUGAGCGAUUUGCCCGAAGUGCGGGUUUUGUCAGUGACCGUCGACGAUCAACCUCCCGUUGUUGAAUGGUUCGACGAGUUUUCGUCUUAUGACAAAUUGAUUCGCGUUGUCGCCCGUGUGUAUCGAUUUAUAGAUCGUUGCCGCCGCCGCGCAUUGGUUAGGUACGCGACGGGCGGUCCUCACCCGUUAUGA